AAAGAACGAUUCGGUCACGAAUCGGGCAUCGCUAAUUAUAACAACCAUUAUCCCAUGUAGAUGUACGCCUUUGGCGUGUCAUUCGGGAAAUCGGCACGGAGCACGGACCGGUCGAUGGAACAAGCGAGAAGAUGAUACUGUGAAGAGGGUGGACAUGGAAACCCGACGCUGAGUUCCUUUAAUUGUGACCAUAAGACACCAUGGCCAAACAGUAUGAUGUGCUGUUUAGACUCCUGCUUCUCGGAGACUCCGGUGUCGGCAAAACCUGUUUGUUAUGCAGAUUCACGGACAAUGAAUUUCAUCCCUCUCACAUUUCCACCAUCGGUGUCGAUUUCAAAAUGAAGACCUUGGAGAUAGAUGGCAUUAAAGUACGAAUACAGAUAUGGGACACAGCAGGUCAGGAGAGAUAUCAGACCAUCACUAAGCAGUACUACAGAAGAGCACAGGGCAUUUUUCUGGUGUAUGACAUCACAAGCGAGCGCUCGUUCCAGCACAUCAUGAAGUGGGCCAGUGAUGUAGAUGAGUACGCCCCUGAGAAAGUGCAGAAGAUACUUGUUGGGAACAAGUCUGAUGAAGAACAGAAGAGACAAGUAGCUACAGAACAGGGAAAUAAGCUUGCCCAGGCUUAUGGAAUGGACUUUUUUGAGACAAGUGCCUUUACCAACCACAACAUUACAGAGUCUUUCACCCGAUUGGCUGAAUUAGUCUUACAAGCCAAUAAGAAGGAUCUUGAUUUGUUGGGAGGAUCCAUGAAUGACCAGUUCAAUCUGGCUGUUUUGGAGGAGCAGGAAGGAUUGUGUAAUGUUAGUGACGGCACCCAUAAGUCCUGCUGGUGCUGAGGACAGGAAGUGACAUGACUACUUUUUUCAGUUGAUUUCCAUAUUUAUGUUACAUUUACGUUUUGAAUAUCAUUUUGCAAAAUUGAACGUUCUUGUUAAACAGUGUUUAAUGGCUUAUUUCCUGCUGAUUCUCAUGAAUAUUAUUUAUUAUUCAUUAUUUAUUUUAUACUUACUAUAAAUUAAGAUGGAACAUUACAGAAUACUUGUGUAUUAAGAAUAUUUUUCAGUUUUUUCUUAGUUUGAAAAACGAAAUCAAAAGGGCACUGCAGUGCAAUUGUACAUUAUUUAGUUAUGCUCAUUCAAGCCACACAUUCAGAGUCAGUCAGUUAUAUUCAAUUUUACAAAUAUAAAAAACAAGUUGAUUAAAGUGUAAGACAACAUUGAUGAAAUGGUUUAUUCAAAGGAAUAGUGCACCCAAAAAUGAAAAUGUGCUGAAUAUUUACUCACCCUCAGGCCGUAUGUCGAUGACUUUGUUUCUUCAUCAGAACAAGGAGAAAUUUAGCAUUACUGUUUACUUUUAAUUUAGCACCACUUGCUGACCAGUGGAUCCUCUGCAGUGAAUGGGUGCCGUCAGAAUGAGAGUC